UCGAACGCCAUGGACGCGACCUCGUUUCCAUGGGAGCUCCUUCCGAGCUCCAUCCAUGAAGAAAUCCUCUCCAAGCUCCCCAUCUCCGUCCUCCUCCGCCUCCGGUCCAUCUCCCGCUCCUUCCUCUCCUCCAUUCGAUCCCUCCCUCCUUCUCUCCCGUUCCCUCGAGAUCCCUUCUUCCUUCUCUUCUCCUCCUCUUCAUCAUCGUACUCCAUCUCCUCCGCCAUCGUCUUCCAGCCAUCCCGCAAUCGAUGGCUUUCCAUGCCUCUCCCGUCCUUCCCCGCCACCGCCUCUGGCCCUCUCAUCCUCCUAUCGGACUCCCUCUUCAACCCCUUCUCCGGCACCCCCACCCCCAUCCCUCCUCAUCUCCCCAUGACCACCUUGAUUUAUCCCCUUUCCCUCAUCAUCGAAGACGACGGCACCACCCACCGCUCCCGUGUCCGCAUUGUCGUCGUCAGCACCUCCGACCGCAUCCGCUCCCAGAUCUAUGACUCCGCCUCCGGUUCUUGGACUCUGCGAGGAGAGCUCCCCGGCCGCGUCCACAUGCUUGGCAAUGCCGUCGUUCUCAAUGGCUCCCUUUACGUUCUGAGUUUCGGGCCGGAUCAUCUCUUAAAGUUUGAUUUGUUGUCCGGCGAUUGGGAAAUCGUCACUGAAGUGGUUCCUUCUGUGGCCUGUGCUCAUCUGGUGGCGUUUGGCGGGAGGUUGUUCUUGGUCGCUGGAGUUGCAGAUUUGUUGGGAGUGAUGCUCAGCGUUAAGGUGUGGGAAUUUGACUGGGAGAAUUGGAAACUGGUUUGCUCUAUGCCUGAUGAGAUCUUCUCAGAGUUCAGUGGUAUGACAAUAAUGAAGCAUUUCCAUGUUUGUGAUGGGAAAGGGAUGGUUUGCUUCUACAGUUAUUCGGGAAAUGUUUUCUUGAUUCUUGAUCUGAUGGAUUGGAGAUGGUGGUGGCCGAGAAAGUGCCCGUUGCAGUGCCAUUUGAAUCCUUUUCUUGGCGUGGCUGUGGAACCAAAUGCGGAAUUUUUGAGGUGAUUCUCGUGGUUUCUUUCGGAGAUGAAUGAAAGAUGAGUUGAAGGUGAGACUGAAGACUUUUGUGAAGUAAAUUUAACAAUGAACGACAUCAUGGUAACACAAGGAAUGCAAAUUUUACGGGCAGUGGGGAUGAUGUUUUACUAGAAAUUUCUUGAAAUACUUUUUUAGUUAUGAUACCUGGACUCAUGGAGACUAAGGGAUUCUUUAUCAAUAUGGUUAUUCUUUUUGACAAUGUAUUCAUGUCAUAGUUUUUUUUUUUCUAUUGUUGGUUAGUUACCUUUGUUCAUGAUAAUUAUUAUGAUCUCCUAUUUAAUUUUGUUGUGGCAAAAAAAAUUUGAGGGUACAUGUUCCCGAAUCAUUUGAUUUUACCAUUUUACUGGAUUAAUAUAAUAUCUUCUUAAAAUCAAUUU